CUCUUACUCUCACUACUCUGUAUUCAUUUCUAUGAGAAGAAUUAUUCUAACAGAGCUAGAUGAGAUUGUUUUUCUUAAUUUUAUUUUAAUAUUUCUAAUCUGUAAUAUCAUCCCUAAUCUCAUGUUUCAGACCUUGAGUUCUUUAUAUAAUGUCUUUUGAUUUGAUUUUAGUUAAUUUGUAAUGGGUUUUGGCAAAAAGAUUUGUAAUGUUGUCUUUGUGCUGCAUGUUUAUAAGUAAAGUCAAUACUGUAAAUGGGGCUAGCUUCUAUAUUCUAUUUUGUUUUUGUCUUUUCCUCUGUCUUCUGUGGAGUACUGAUUGGUUAUUCCUUACCUAAUUUCAAAUUUGCUUAAUGCAUUUUCUUCAUAUUUCUGAGUGUGUUCUAGUUUGAAGUUUAUUAUGAGCAAUAUUUCCAUUUGUGAACUGGAUUUCUUUGAUACAUGUUCUAAAUUUUGGUUGGUCAGUUCGAUCAAUAUUGGCUUGUCUAAGGGUUUUGAAUUAGCUUUUCAUUUUGUGAUUGAAUUUAAUUGUAUUCUUACUUGGGUUUUUUUUAAAAUAUCAUAUAUUACAUUCUUGUUUUGGAUGAAAAAACAAGAAAAAGAAAUGCCAAGUUUGUAGUUUAUUUGUUCUUGGUAGUAUGGGAACGAAUAUAUAUAGAGCUAAAAUCUCUCAAAUGAGCCUAACACAUGGUUGUUUCACUAGGUGAGCUGAAUUUUGCUUCUCUGGCAGAUAUAAUCUGAAAUUUGUUAUACUAGGAAAUUAAAUUAUCAUGUAUUAAUAUUGUUGUUUUAUAAUAGGGAUAUUUGCGACAUAAGUACCCAAUGCUUGGGGAAAAUACCCGGCAUGGACCUAAUCUUUUUUUUUUAGUGGGAAAAAUACCCAAACAUAGUCUGUUAGGUCUGUUAAUGAGUUGAUUAGACAGACACGUGUCACGUUUUAUUGGUCUAAAUCAUAAUUAUUUUUAAAUUUUAAUUUUAAAAUAAAAAUAAUUAAAAAUACAUUUAAAUUUUUAAAAAAUAAUUAAAUUAAAAAAUUAAAAAUACAUUAAUAAAUAAAAAUUUAUAACUGAUUUUAACUUUAAAAAAAAAUUAGAACACCUAAAACUAUUCUGCCUCUCUCUCCCUCUCCCUCUCCCUCACUGUCUUCUUCCUCCCCACGAAAAUUGCUCUUCACAACUCAUGGUGACUUCAAGAUUCGAGUUUGGGACGUUUCUAAAAGGGAGAGUUUUAGGCCUAUAAAGAUCACGACUUUACCUCAGAGGAGCCCAUUAAUGUUGUUCUCCAAAAAGAAUGUUCUACAACACAGGGAGUACAUAUCUUGCAUAGCUUAUAACCACGAUGACAAGCUUUUAUAUACAGGGUCUUGGGACAAAACAGUCAAAGCUUGGAAGAUCAAUGAAAAGCGUUGUGUUGACUCGUUUGUGGCUCAUGGAGGUCAUAUAAAUGCGAUCGUUAUAAACCAUGAAGAUGGGUGUGUUUUCACUUGCUCAUCUGACUGCUCGGUGAAAAUCUGGAGAAGGGUUUUUGGAGAAAGUUCUCAUAUUUUGACAAUGACUCUUAAGUUCCAACUUUCUCCUGUUAACACUUUGGCUUUGAGCUUGUCACCAGGGAUUUGUCUUCUAUACUCUGGUUCCUCAGAUGGAAUCAUAAACUUUUGGGAAAAAGAGAAUACCUCAGGGAGAUACAACCAUGGAGGCUUUAUGCAAGGUCAUCAUUUUGCUGUUCUCUGUCUGGUUGCCAUAGGAGAGUUGGUCUUUAGUGGCUCUGGGGAUGCGACUAUUCGAGUUUGGAGAAGAGAAGGGAAUUGCUUCCAUUCUUGUCUUGCAGUCAUUGAAGGUCACCAUGGACCAGUGAGAUGUUUGGCAGUCUCUAGAAACAGAGAGCGGAGUAGAGGGAUUGUUGGUUUAUAGAGCAAGUUUGGACCAGACUUUCAAGGUAUGGAGAAUUAAAGUUUUCCCUUCUAGGGUCGUGGGGAGGAGGAAGAAGGGGUCGU